CUUAUCCAAGACAAAAUAUCAUUCCACUCUCCAAAUCUCAUUGUUAUUAUUCCAGCAGUUCAAUUCUCAUUGUUGCAGAAUUAACUUCUGGCAAUUGUCUUCACAUUCCUUCUCCACUCAUUCCACCGACCACCAAAAAAAAUAAUUCGAAAAUAAAAUAAAAAGGGAUUCCAAAGCCCUCGAUAACCAUGCUUUCUUUCAUUCCUUCUUGCUUGUCUGUUCUGGUCAUGCUGGCCGUGCUGCAUCCUGUGGAGGCACAGGGCACCACAUCUAGUAGUUCAGGCACCAUUCGGAGGCCAUCCAGCUCCUUUGAUGGUUCUACGCCAAUGGUAUCCUCUCCAACCACAACCACAAUCAAUACUACUCCCUCAAGCAGCACUCUCUCAACCACCACUACUACAACCGUUAUUCCAAUAACCACCAUAGUCACAACGACCAUUACAACGACAACCACUCUUUUCACCAUACCCUCUUUAACAACUACUUUCAGCUCUGCAACUUUAUCUUCCAUCCCUUCAACUACUCAGCCAGUCAAUCCCAUUACUACUGAUUUAGUUCCGUCUAUUUCACAGUCGUCUUCGCAAUCCCCCCAAGCUUCGUCUGAUGCUGGCUCUUCAUCUUCUAGCCCUACCAAUGUCCCCGUUAUCGUGGGUUCAAUCAUUGGUAUUACGGCCCUGAUCAUUAUCAUCGCUUCUUGCAUUAUCUGCUAUCAUCGCCGUCACCAUAAGAGCCGAGAGCUGAAUUUUGAUACCCUUCAAGAAAUGAGUGACACGCCGAAGAAAUAUGCUAGCCAUGGGUACCUAGCCAGUAGUAGUCCCACUACGAGCGGUGGGGCCAUUGGUCUAAAUAGCACAACUUCAGGAGGAUAUGAUGAUGUAUACAACUAUGAAAUGCAGUCUAAUACCGGUUAUCCUGUUCAACAGCAACAAACCUACAACAGUGGUGGCUAUGGUCCCUACGAAGGGUCGUCUUCGCACCAGGCAUACCGUUCCAAUCCGGCUAUUUAUCACGAAGAUCUUCCUCACCUCCCUAUGGCAGCCCAUUAUGCAACGACUAGUUCGAUGGGCAGAAAUCGAGCUGCGUUUGAUCGAAACUUACCACAACGCAUAAACAACAAUGCUCCACCUGUGGAUACUGCACCGGAGGAUUAUUACAAUGAUUCUAACAUGUAUAAUAGCACUGUCUGGAACCACGACAUGCAACAGGGAGAGCUCUGGGUCAUCAACCCUGUUGAUCAGUAUACGCACCAUAAUAUAGACCAUUCCGACAUAAAUCAUCCCUACGCCUCCGCUGCCCUUCCUCCUUCAGUUCAGGAUCGAAAUGUAGCGCUUCAGUCUUUUCGAUUGCAAGACCCUACUUUAAUGGAAUCUCCACACGCAAAGUUCCGCGACAACGAUAACCCUCGUGGUCUGCCUGAUUCACCUAUCCUGUCCAGUAAUAUGAGAGACGGUGAUAUCUUUGGUCCGGAUAAUGCGGCAAGAUCUGCAUCUCCUAGAGCUAUGUCAUCAACAGUGGCAACUGGUGAAUCCAUAUCCACCAGUAGCUCUCGAAUCGCCAGCAAUAGAGAGUUGCAUAAUUGUGAGCCUUCAAGACAUUCACCCAGAAACUCGAAUGAAGGUGUACAAGACUAUGCUGGUGAAUAUGCAUCAUUUGGCAAUAUUGCUCCUAAAAAGAGUCUUCGCACGCUUCGACGCGAGGACUGGUCAUAGUGAUAUUGGUGUUCUUCUAUUUUAC